GAGAGAGAGAGAGAGAGAGGAGAUAAAAGAUUAGGGUUUGGUGGUAGUUUGUUUUACUUUAGAGAGUUAUGAGUUGUAAAGGUGGAAGGUUUUUGAACAUCUGUACUUGUUUUUAAGGUUGUUUUGUCUUUAGGGUGUUGAAUUUCUCUGCGUUCCAGUUUGAUGGCUGGAGGUAAUGAAGUUAACCUUAAUGAGGCCAAGAGGGUGGUGCCUCUCAAUACAUGGGUUCUCAUCUCCAAUUUCAAGCUCGCUUACAAUCUCCUUCGCCGGCCUGACGGCACCUUCAACCGCCACCUCGCCGAGUUCCUAGACCGUAAAGUCGCCGCAAACGCUACCCCAGUUGACGGAGUUUUCUCUUUCGACGUUAUAAUAGACAGAACAACCAAUCUCGUCAGCCGGGUUUACCGCCCAGCCCCAGCCGAUGAAGCUCAGCUGGGCAUUGUAGAGCUCCAACGGCCCCUUAGUGCAGAGGAGGUUGUCCCUGUCAUUAUCUUCUACCAUGGAGGAAGCUUUGCUCACUCCUCUGCCAACAGUGCCAUCUACGACACUCUUUGCCGGCGGCUCGUUGGCAUCUGCAACGCUGUAGUGGUCUCUGUAAACUACCGCCGUGCACCGGAAAACCGGUAUCCUUGUGCAUACGAUGAUGGAUGGGCAGCUCUCAAAUGGGUAAGCUCCAGGCCAUGGCUACGGAGCGGCAAGGACUCCAAGGUUCAUAUCUACUUAUGUGGAGAUAGCUCCGGAGGUAACAUUGUUCACAAUGUCGCCAUGAGAACGGUUGAAUCGGAUACAGAAAUAUUAGGGAAUAUACUGCUCAACCCAUUGUUUGGUGGGCAAGAGAGAACUGAAUCUGAGAAGAAAUUGGAUGGGAAGUAUUUUGUGGCUGUUCAAGACAGAGACUGGUAUUGGAGGGCUUUUCUUCCUGAAGGAGAAGAUAGAGAUCAUCCCGCAUGUAACCCAUUUGGUCCCAGACGCAUAAGCCUUGAAGGACUCAAGUUCCCUAAAAGCCUUGUUGUGGUUGCAGGUUUGGACCUUGUUAAGGACUGGCAAGUGGCUUAUGUUGAAGGGCUCAAAGAGGCAGGCCAAGACGUAAAGCUUCUAUUCCUAGAGCAAGCCACAAUUGGGUUCUACUUGUUGCCCAACAAUAACCACUUCUAUACUGUCAUGGAUGAGAUUAAGCAAUUUGUGCGUUCUAACUGUUAAUAGACUUACUUAAACUACAGAGAAGGAGCAAUACGUAACAGAAGCUUUGACAUUUCACUCUGGGCUUUUUCUUCCCUUUGUUUCUUCUUUCUUUAACACCCACUCUGGAGGAGUUGAUAGUGUGCACAGUCCAGUAUAUUAGGUUUGUGUAGUUCUGCUGCUUUACUUGCUAUGGUGUUCGAUUGUAGUGGGAGAGGUGAGGUCUGUGGCCUCUGGGACUGGUGGUAGUUGGUUCAGUGAUGGUUGGGUUCAAUAUGGAAGAAGCUUUCUUUCAGUGAUUCAGUCAGCUGCUGAUCUUGUUCACCAAUAUGUAUGUACUACUGAUGGCAGGAGUCACCAAAUUUAAUCUUACCGUUUCUAACAUCCGACCUCCAAGGAGGAGGGAAAACUGGAGUGUGGGGGUUACGGUUGGUGGUCGUGGAUCGAUCGAAUUGGAGCCCAGUGCCUGGCUAAUGUUAUAUACUUAUAUGUAGAGAGCUGAUUUCAGGAAGAUGGAUGGGGAAACAUCCAUUGUAUUGUGAACUUGUAUGUUAUAGGUAUACUUUGUGUUCUAGAAUUAUAAUAUAAGAAUGUUUUUGUUAUUAUUCUCA